AACACAUGAGGAGAACGUGUGAGAUAUGAUUCAGGACCGGGGACCUUUAAGACUCAGAGCCCCCCUCCCUCCCCUCCUCUCCUGAAUGAAUGAAGACUCUCCCUCCGCGUGCACAUCCCGCCGGUGCCGGUGUGCUUGCCCCUUCCUCCACAGCGCGAGCCGUUAACCGACAGCCUACCGUCCGGUGACGACGAAACGCCGGAGCAAGAGCCGUUAACCGCCUCAGCACAAGCCGUUAACCGCCUACCGCCCGGUGAGGAGAGAAGCCUCAGCACGCGCGGCCCGGCGUUACCUUCACGCUCUUCACGUUCUACCUCGCGCCCCUCUCCGUCUCCUCGCGACAUCACCGCGAGGCGCGAGGGGUCGAGUUACAACGAGAGAGAGAGAGAGGGGGGAGAGAGGGAGAGAGAGGGAGCGAGCGACGCGGACGUGGAGGAAGCCAGUGUAGCAGCCUGCUAAGCUAACGAGCAAUGCUGCUGGAUGUGGAAUUGUUUUAGCGGGCCACCGUGGACUCCUUAGCCGCCCUGAGGUGCAUCAUGCCCGGCUGGAAGAAAAACAUCCCGGCCUGUCUGCAACCGGACCAGGAGGGAGAUGAGGGUCCGUAUGGGAAACAUUCUGGGGGGUCGCGACCUCCUGAUGGAACCCUGGCGAUCAGAAGACAAAGUAUCCCAGAGGAGUUCCGCGGUUGCUCAUUGGUGGAGCUGGUGAAGAAGGAGGGGUCGACUCUGGGCCUGACCGUCUCCGGGGGCAUUGACAAGGAUGGCAAGCCCCGUGUGUCAAACCUGAGGCAGGGGGGCACCGCCGCCAGGAGCGACCAGCUGGUGGUGGGCGACUACAUCCGCUCGGUCAACGGCAUCAACUUGAACAAGUUCCGCCACGACGACAUCAUCAGCCUGCUGAAGAACGUGGGGGAGAGGGUGGUGCUGGAGGUGGAGUACGAGCUGCCCACGCUAGCCAUCCAGGGCGCGGGCGUUCUGUUUAAGACCCUGGAGGUGACGCUGCACAAGGAGGGGAACACCUUCGGCUUCGUGACACGAGGCGGGGCCCACGAGGACAGGAAUAAGUCGCGCCCCAUCGUCAUAACAACGCUCCGGCCAGGUGGGGCGGCUGACAGAGAGGGCACCAUCAAGCCGGGGGAUCGACUGCUCAGCAUCGAUGGGAUUCGUCUCCAUGGCACCAGCCAAUCAGAGGCCAUGAGCAUCCUGAAGCAGUGCGGCCAGGAGGCUACGCUGCUGCUAGAGUACGACGUCUCCAUCAUGGACUCGGUUGCCACGGCGUCAGGUCCAUUGCUUGUGGAGGUUGCCAAGGCCACGGGCUCCAGCCUGGGCGUGGCUCUGUCCACCGCCGUCUACUGUAACAAGCAGGUCAUCAUCAUAGACAAGGUGAAGCCUGGCAGCAUCGCAGACCGGUGUGGUGCGCUCCACCCAGGUGACCACAUCCUCUCGGUGGACGGCAGCUCCAUGGAGUUCUGCUCGCUGGCUGAGGCGACGCAGCUAUUGGCUGCUUCCUGUCAGCUGAUCAAGAUGGAGAUCCUCCCCCACCACCAGACCAGACCGGCCAUCAAACCCGCGGACCAAGUCAAGGUGCAGCGCAGUAUGCGACCCCUCCCCUGGGAGAGUGGGGGUGUUGGCUCCUCCCCUCCCCCCCUCCCCCCCUACCAGCACUACAACACCUACCACCCUGACCACUCCUCCUCCAGGACCCUGAACCACAACAAGACCACCAACCCCCCGCUGGCCCAGUCGUUCUCCCCUGGCUCUAUGUCCGCCUAUAGUCUCUCGUCCAUCAGCAUGGGGACCCUGCCCCGGAACAUGUAUCCCAGCAGCCCCCGCGGCACGCUGCAUAAGAGGAAGAGCAAGAAGAAGGACUUCAAGAGCUCUCUGUCCCUGGCGUCCAGUACGGUGGGUCUGGCGGGUCAGGUGGUCCACACCGAGACCACCGAGGUCCUGUUGCUGAGCGACGGCAUUAUGGGCUUUGGCAUCCAGCUGCAGGGGGGGGUGUUUGCCACGGAAACGCUCUCCUCCCCCCCCCUCAUCGCCUACAUGGACCCGGACAGCCCCGCAGAGAGGUGUGGUAUCCUCCAGAUAGGUGACAGGAUAUUGUCCAUAAAUGGAGUUCCUACUGAAGACUCGACCCUGGAGGAGACCAAUCAGCUUCUGAGGGACUCGUCCAUCACCGCCCAGCUCACCCUGGACAUAGAGUUUGACGUAGCAGAGUCGGUGGUUCCCAGUUCAGGAACGUUUCACGUGAAGCUUCCCAAGAAACCCGGAGUGGAGCUGGGCAUCACCAUCAGCUCUCCCUCUAACAGGAAGUCAGGUGACGCGCUCAUCAUCUCGGACAUCAAGAAGGGCAGCGUGGCACACAGGACAGGCACCCUGGAGCUGGGCGACAAGCUGCUGGCCAUCGACAACGUGCGGGUGGAGAGCUGCUCCAUGGAGGAGGCGGUGGAGAUCCUGCAGCAGUGUGAGGAGCUGGUGAAGCUGAAGAUACGUAAAGACGAGGACAACUCAGAUGAGCAGGACCUGUCCGGCAGCAUCAUCUACACGGUGGAGCUGCAGCGGUACGGCGGUCCGCUGGGCAUCACCAUCUCUGGGACCGAGGAGCCCUUCGACCCCAUCAUCAUCUCCUCGCUGACCGGGGGCGGCUUGGCCGAGAGGACGGGGGCGAUCCACGUGGGCGACCGCAUCCUGGCCAUCAACAGCAGCAGCCUGAAGGGGAAGCCGCUCAGCGAGGCCAUCAGCUUGCUGCAGCAGGCGGGGGAGACCGUCACACUGAAGAUCAAGAAGCAGCAGGACUUGUCCAGCCCCAAGUCGUGUGCGGUCAGCUCCUCUGGGGGGUUGGGGUCGGAGCCUGGUGAGGAGGAAGAGCCUGUUGUGGUGGCCCUGCCCCCCGGUCAGAGGGCGUACAGCACCCUGCCGUCGGUGGACAGUGCGGUGGAGUCCUGGGACGGCUCCACCGUUGACAGCGUGCUCAACCACGCCGGCUACCAUUCCUACAGUUUCAACGAGUGGCGCAGCCCAAAGACAAACAACAUCCAAUCAUCCACCGCCCCCCGCCAGAGAACCAAUCCUCUGUCAGACCUUGGGCUGAGUGAUGACGACUGGGACCGCCCCCCGCUAACCGGAGUCAAUUAUUUCCCCAGUUGCCUAAUUUCUGACAGCAGGUUCAGCGUGGGGCCUGACGGGCCUGAACCGGACCAGGAGGAGAACUUCUGGUCCCAGGCGCUGGAGGACCUGGAGACCUGUGGUCAGAGCGGCAUAUUGAGAGAGCUAGAGGCAACCAUCAUGUCGGGCUCCAGUCUAAGUCUAAACCAUGAGCCGCCGCCCCCCCGCUCUGGCCUGGGACGGCAGGCCAGCUUCCAGGAGCACAGCAGCAACCGACCACAGGUGGCUCCGCGCUCCAACACCUUGCCCUCCGACCCCGCGCGGAGAGCCUUCGCAGUGAGGAAGAUGAAGCAGGAAGUCAGCGACAUCCUGACGCAGACCCCAGUGGAGCUACACAAGGUGAGUCUGGAGAAGGCCUCUGACGCGGAGGACUUUGGCUUCAGCGUGUCUGACGGUCUGCUGGAGAGAGGAGUCUACAUCAACAACAUCAAGCAGGGUGGGGCCGCCCACCGGGCCGGCCUGCAGACCUAUGACCGCAUGCUGCAGAUAAACCAUGUGAGGACGCGGGACUUUGACUGCUGUCUCGUGGUUCCUCUCAUCUCGGAGUCUGGAAACAAACUGGAGCUUGUGAUCAGCAGAAACCCCGCCUCCUCCUCCCCGACCGCCAAUCACAGCCAUUCGCUGGGCCCUGGGCAUGCCACCCAGCCAACCAGUAGUGAGCUGGGGGCUGAGGAGGAGGGGCACAUCAUAUGGAGCCAACCAGGGGAGGCCUCCUUAUAGCAGCGGAGCUACGGCCCGCUAGCCCCAAGCACACCUGGUGGACCAGACCCCACCCUGGUGGACCAGUGCCCCCUGGUGGACCAGACCACCUGGUGGACCAGACCACCUGGUGGACCACACCCCCCUUGGUGGACCAGAACCCCCCCUGGUAGACCAGGACAAAGCAGCACAAAGACCACAACACAGACAGACAGACAGACAGGUAGAGAGAGCGACAGACAGAUAGACAGACCGACAGGUAGAUGGACAGGUAGUGAGACAGACGGACAGGUUUUGGUUUUUAGUGCCCCCCUCCCCCACCCGAGCACAGUUUGUAUGACAACUCCGCGACGACGCGGAGGUUCAAUAAAGAAUAAUGUUUUUUAGUGUUUACACACGAGGACUGGCCACACUGUGUGUGUGCGUGUGUGUGUGUAUUUGUAUGUAUAUGUGUGUGUGUGUGUGUGUGUGUGUGUGUGUGUAGGUGCGUGCAUGUGUUUAAGAGACUCAGGCCAGUAAAGACCCACUCAGCUCUGUGGUUGGCUAAUAGACAUGCCACCUGUCUUCUGAUUGGCUGGAACCAGUCAGAAGCCCCGCCCCCAUGUGAGUCACUGUCGUAGAGCACCAAGCAUGCCCCUCCCUCAUCUAUUAUGCUACUCAAACCGCGUGUGUUAGUUAGGACGUUUCCAUGGUUACUGAAUCACUUCCAUGAUGUAAAAAAUAACCUUUUCUACCCCCCUGUGACAAACAUGUGUGUGUGACGUGUGUGUGUUGUGUGUGUGCAAGUGCAGCCUACUGAUGUUCAAAGCGAUGUCACCAUCUUGCUGCCUCUACUUCUAUAUUCACUGUUAACCUUUUGCACCAACCAAUAGGAAUCCUCCGUCAGCAGAAGCCCAACAUGGCCGCUCCUCAGAGGUCAGCAGAGUCUAAUUAUCUCACUGGAUGCCCACAGUAACCUUCCAGCCACAGGAAGUAGCACUAUGCUAACCCUCCAGCCACAGGAAGUAGCCCUAUGCUAUACCAACCAACAGGAAGUAGCCCUAUGCUAUCCAAACUGACAGGAGGUAGCACUAUGCUAGCCCUCCACCAACAGGAAGUAGCAAUGUCCUAACUCCAUUAAUAGGAAGUACCACUGUGCUAACCCUCCACUAACCGGAAGUAGCACAAUACUAACCCUCAACUUACAGAAAUUAUCACUGUGCUAACCCUCCAAUAACAGGAAGUAGCACUAUGCUAACCCUCCUUUAACAGGAAGUAUCACUGUGCUAACCCUCAAACAACAGGAAGUAGCACUAUGCUAACCCUCCACCAGGAGGAGGCAGCCCUGUGCUAAAUGUCUGGGUCAGGGAGUGUUAGGUUGUGAAACCUAAAGCCAUAACGUCACUCCACUAAGGCUACCUGAUAGCCUAGACAUGGCUGUGUGUGUGUGUGUGUGUGUGUGUGUGGGUGUGUACUGGUCCAGGUUGCAGGGAGAUCUUUGUGAGUUGUUAUCACAUGUUGUUGUGAACAUGGUCUUUCCACUAUCAGUAGACUAGAUUACAUGUUGAAUCUGUAGCCUCCGUUUGUCCUUCCGAGAGGAAACACCAAACAAACUGUAUUUUUAUUUCUAAAAGGACUGGGAGGUUGUAAAGUAUUUUUGUACAAAUUUAAUACUUUGGUAGCAUGAUCUUCCUGGUGUGUUUUGUGUGUUUAUGGAGGAAGUCCAGCAACACAAUCAAUAAAGACCCUACAAACCA